CUUCACUUCUGACUUGUGACUCGAUUCAUUCCACUUGCUCCUAGGAAAGUGGCAUCUGGGAAGAAAAAGCUUGGAAUACCACAACAGACUCCUCCACCUCGCCCACUCGAACAUCGACGAGAACGACAUUCUCUGACCGCACAUUCGAAUACCCCGCCCCGCCCACUGAAAGAACGCGACCCCGCCAUAUACCAUCGAAAUGUCGUCGAGAGGAUCCACGAGAGGCCGCGCUGGCAAAUUUGGAAAGGCGAAGCGAGGAGGCGGACGCCACUUCAGCAAGAACCUUGCACCUCUCGAUGCAGACGGGGCCGAGAGCUCCAUGUGGGGAGAGUCGGUCAAGGAAGAAGACGACGACUCUUCAGACGAGGAUGACUCUUCCGAGGAGUCGAGUGACGAUGGUGGCCCCGCACAGCCACAGGCGGAAAUGACCCGUGAGGAACGACGAGCUGCCGCAAAGGCAAAGAAAGAGGCUGCAAUCAAGAAGAAGCAGGGUCCUGUCGAGGCUGGUGAUCUUCCACCAAACAGUGAUAGCGAGAGCGACGAAGACGAUGAUAUGCCAGCGAACCCCAACCACAGCGCGAGCGCGCGUAAGCAGGCUGACAAGGUACCAUUCAGCGCUGAGGACGCCGAGAAGCAGACUGCCAAGGCGAAGAAGACGGGCGACAUCUCACAACUCAGCAGACGUGAGAGGGAGGCGUUGCAGGCUCAGCAAGCAAAGGAGAGGUAUCAGAAAUUGCAUGCUGAAGGCAAGACGGAGGAGGCACGUGCUGAUCUGGAGCGACUGAAGUUAGUUCGUGAGCAGAGAGCGGAAGCUGCCGCAAGGAAAGAGGCCGAGAAACAAGAGCGUGACUUGAUUGAUGCAGAGAAGAAAGAGCAGCUGGCCAGAUUGGAGCGUCAACAGGCGCUGAAGGCGGGGCGAGGCGGACGUGGAGGCAAAAAGGGUGGAAAAGCGUGAGGUUGGCUCCGAGAUGGUCUUAAAGGGUGGGCUAUGAUGAGCGCUUUUGCAUACCACGGCGUCUGCAUGAUGAUGAUGACGAUGACGAUAGACGUAUGGCAUACUGAGGUAUCUGUAGCCAACGGCUUACAAACUGGAAAACAAAACACUGCAUGUUGCGAUCUCAAACUCCC